AUCAUGGUUGGGCACAAAUUCAAAAACGUCCAUAUCCGAAUCCCCAUUUUUCUUUGCCCCCACAUGUGCAGGUAUCAUUUCACAACGCAUCUUUACACAACCCAUUUCAAAUUCAAUCUCAUUUUCCACCCACGACAAGACACAAAUUCAAACACCUUCAAUCGCGGAACACCCAUUUUCAAAUCAUUCCAAAAAAGCUGUACGCAGGGAAUCCAUCAUCAUUACAAUCCUCUUUAAAUCCCCUGCUUUUUGAAAGAAAUUGAGGGCAAACCAGGCAUCUAUCUGAUAACAACAGCCCAAAAAUGCUGCUAGAAUCGGCUCUGAAAGAGCCAUCCAUCGAUCUAAAUCGAAAAAAUCCAUCAUCAUCAUCAUGAUUCUCUUUAAAUCCCCUGCUUUUUGAAAAAAGUUAGGGCAAAGCAGGCAUCUAUCUUAUAAGAACAGCCAAAAGAUGCUGCUGGAAUCGGCUCUGAAAGAGCUAUCCAUCGAUCUGAAUCGGGAAAUCUAUGUAGACAAUGUGGUGCUGGAAAUGUGCUCUCCCAGUGAGUCCUUGAGCGGCCAGAAGACUUCUUCCAAAGAGAGCAGCAAGGAAACUCAAGCAACAGGGGCAGUGGAAGAACAGAGCUAUAAUAGAACUCCAGGAUCUGUGCCCUUUGGAUGGGAGAUUGAACCAGGAGUACCCAGAAAACCAAAAGCUGAAAAAUCUGAGUCCCAUUCACCCCUGAGGCUCCCUCCCAGUGCCUACACAAGCCCUAGCAGCAGCAGCAGCAGGGGCUACUUAACAUGGAACAUUUCUCCAGGGCGCCACCAUUUAUCAUUGGCUGACAGGAAAUCCCCAGCAAAUGAGUAUGAUGGGGAUGAUGAGAGCGUUGAGAUGGACAGCAAUGGAGAAGAAUAUGAGUACUCACCUGUAAGUACUCUGGACAGAAUGUCAAUGUCCCCAAAUAUUGAUAGCCUUCCUUCAAUGGAGGCAGAGGAAACAACCCACAAUUCUCCCCCUCCUGGUGAAUUGGGUUCUUCUGGAAGCAGUGCAAAGAGCUGUGCUACUCUUCUAUGGGGGGUUUUCCCCUGUUCCAGCAAAUGCUUCUUUGUUUCUUCUUGCAAGCAGAAAGAUAAGGCGAAGGCUCUGAGCAGGGCAAAUUCUGUUUCAAGCUCUGAUCUGAUGGGGGUUGAAGGAGCCCAUGAAAGGGAGAAGGAGAAGACUGGUAUGCCUGUAGCUAGUGCUCUGAAGAAGAAAAGUGGGUGUUCUGGUUGGGGUGGGAUGAAACAGGUGCGGUUCUCUGUGGAGGAGACUGCCAAUUCAAAUGGAGGGGCCUUGAGUUUUGCAGCUGCCCAGCCCAAUGAGCUCGAGUGGGCUUCUUAUGGGCUUUUCUGAAACUGGACAGAAUGUUGUUCUUUCACUUUUUUGAAUUGCCUCCAUUGCUCUGGUUCUGGUUAUCUAUAAAAUAACUCGAGCCUCUUUGCUCUUUUGUCUGGUUUUUGAGAUGGGCCUUCUGUGUUUUCAACCUUCCAUUAGGUAUUUUUUUAA